GCUAUUAGCAAAUUGACAAGUUGUGGCAACUCUGCCUGUUUUGUUUACUGAUCAUGAUCAUAACAGGAAAUAAAUAAAAAAAAAAACAAACGGAUUGUUAAUAGAAAAUAAUGCCUUUUGAAGACAUUUAAAAAGGAAGAACAAAUUCAAAACGCAAUAAACAUUAUGAACAGCAACAUUAUGAACCAUGUUCUGUGUGUUCCUGCCGAGCAUCGAGCCAUACACCAACUCUUGAUCGAGUGGACAAAACGUACGAUAUGGAAUUCUAGAGGAGUAUUACGAAAGGCCUCCGUUGAAAGUCAACUUAAAAUAUUUCAAAGUAUUUUUAAGGUUCCCAAAUGUCAGUUAUACCCUUAUUUCUGGAGUGAUGUUUUAAACUAUCAAAUGAUGGUUCGUACGAAAAUUGCCAACGAAGGUAGAAAACAUCGCUAUUUGGUGGGGACACGGACCAUAUUGGAAAUGUGCAAGAACCGCAUAAAUCCUGCUAUUUAUAAAAAGUUUAUGCGUCAAUGGAAGAAAAGGAAACCAAACGAAACUGACAAUCCAGACCUAAAAGCACUCAACAAAUAUGGGCUCAGCAACAAGGAGGGUAGCAAGGAAUUCAUGCAUUUGCUAGAAAGUUAUACAUUGCAAGAUUUCCAAAAGUCGUUCAACGUUCAGAAGGAAAUUGACGAUGAUGUCAUUUUAAUAGAAGAGCCUGUAAACUGUAUAGACAUUACCAUGAAUUCCAAAGAUCUAUAUGACGACAAUGAAAUGAAAUACAAACGAUAUUUUAAUAAUGGUAUCGACAUUAUACACACCUGCAGCAUUGGGACCAAACGAAUGGAUGAAUUUCACGCCAGACUUGAACAGAAUAUUAACGGACACAAACAGCUGGAUCAACCAGCCAUUUCGCAAAAUUUAAAUGUUCAUAAACACAAAUUUCCCAACAUAAAACAUGAACCUGUUACCUUGUCAGAAAGCAACACACUUGCGUAUCAAAUAAAAGAAAAAGAAGAUAAAGGCCUUCUCGACAGUGAAGAAGAAAUUUCGACUUGCACCCCAUGCUCCAAAAAGUUACGCGAAUUCCAUUGUAAUACUUGCUACAACAAUAUUUACGGUUUUCACAAUUUUUUAAAACACCUAGCAAAAUGUGAUAAAAUUGAUAUUAACAUUGAUGAAUUUGUCAAAUGAAA